CCUUAGUCCUGGCAUCCUAUUUACACCAGCUGCACACACGGGCGGCUCAGGAGUGGGCCUGGGGGUUCAGGAGCAGCCUAUGGUGUCAGGUUCCAAGCUCCUUCCUCUUUAGGAUGUGUCUGGAGGCUUUCUGGUUCUCAGGGGUCCCCUCCUCAGUCUUGGUUAGCCUGACUUGCUGCACAUCUCCUGGAGCUACGCUGAGUCCAGUGCCAGGCAGUGGGAAGACAGGACACAGUGAUCGGCUUUGUCCCCUGCUCUGGAGCCUUGGGCUCCUUGGAUUGGGAGAGGAAGGUUUGGGCACCUAUGGGCUCCCGCCACCCCACUGUUAGUGCUGUGGGUGCCUGGGAGACAGCGGGGAAUGGCCCGUGUGGCCAGCAGAUGGAGGCCCAGUGCUGGGCGCUCGCCCCUGUGCAGUGCCCCCUUCUCCCUUCCCUGCCCUCAGCCAGGUGCCCAACCCCAGGAGCUGCUCCCUUCCCGAAAACUCCCUACCUGCCGGCUCCCUCUCCUUCCCCCUGGCAGCCUGAAGCAGGGUUUCUGAGACUGGCUGAGCUUCCGAACUUCCGAGCUUCCAGAGCUUUCCAGGGGGAGCUAUUCCCUGCUGCUCCACCCCUCACAACUCCUCCGUCCCCUCCUCCCCCCCCCCAACCUCUCCUCUCCUUCUCUCCCUCCUCCCUCCUGUCUCCAUGCCCACGUGGCACUCAGUCACACCUGACCACACCUCACACUCUCUGUGCCCAUCACCCCUUAGGGUCUGUAGUCUUUCCUGAAGAACACUUAGAAAACCAAGGCUCAGGGAAGCUGAGAAGUGACUCACAAUGGCAGAGCUGGGUCUGCAAGCCGUACCCGCCGGACUCUGCCUUCCUUGCUCUUUGCACCAGAGAGCUCCAGGAAGUCGGGCCUGAGUAGCUGGGAAGAGCUGUGCUUUAUCCUUCUCUCUCUCCACUGGCUGGAUGUUGACACACACGUCCCCAAGCCCAGGGGCCCGGGUGACUGUGCAGACGCCUGCCCCGCCCGGCCCCCAGGAGAGUGAGACCCAAUGUGUGCUCUGAUAAGACAAAGUUCAGGGGUUUGAUUGCCAAUAUGACUCUAAGCAAGUCCCUGGCCACGUACUGUGAGAGCAGCUUGUAAAGAAGAAAUAAAAUAUGAAAAGGAAAGAAGGAGAAAAGGUAAGAUAAGCCCUAGUUAAUCUCUCAAGGAGUCUCUCAGCAACAGAUGGACACCAAGAUACCAGGACGGAAGGAGCCAAGAUUUUCUGUGCAGUUCUUCAACCUGAGUUUGAAAAGAAUUUGGAUAUGCGGUGAAACUAGUAGGUUAUGAGAAGGUAAAGAUGGCGAGAGCAAGAACAGGGUGAGCGGGAAAAUCUGCAGCGAGUUCCGUGUGGACAGCGCGGUCGUGGGCCUGAAGGAGAAGGGACAGGCAGGCACCCGGCCAGCCCUGAGAACUCUGUAUUUUCUGAAGAGGGUAGUGACAGACCUAGUAUGGAAAACAUGGACACAGAGGAGAAGCAGGGAGUUUGGGGGUCAAGUGGCAUGAGGCCGCAGGCACCAGUGCCACGCAAAGACUCCUCCACGGCAGGCCGGGGGCGCGGGGUCCGGGCCAUGCAGCAGAAGCAUGUUCUGUGCUCACAGCUGGCUGGGAGACCCGCAGGGCCGGGGUGCAUCCUCAGCAGGCCCCUGGCCUUGAGCAGAGAGAGGGUGGGGACCGCCACAGCGGGACAGAAUGUGGUGCUCAGUGCUGGCGGAGUUGAGGCCUUUGCAAGCUUUGCUAAGUUCUAGUCUGGGGUCUCGGAUGAUGCAUCCAGAACACUGACAAUUCAUUCCAUCUUCCCAUACUUCUCAGAUUGGAGUCAGCCGGGUGCAAUCAGCUGUACAGUGCAAGGGAAAUGUUGAGAGCCAGGGAGCACUGUCUUCCUCCCGGCGAUUUCUGAAGGAGGGCUCUUGUUCAAAUGAUAGAAUUUCACAAUCAAAGAAGUGAAAGCUACUUGGAGGGUCUUUUGAAGGUAGCAGCAAGGAUGCCAUUGAGACUCCUGGACCAGGAGCCUGGCUGCCUGGUUCUAGCCCUUCAUUCAUUCACCCACCUAUCCACUCAUCAAUUCAUUCACUUGUCAGACAUUUGCCAAGUUCCUCCAGAUGCCAAGCUAAGAAAGAUGAUGGACCCAAGAUGCAGAGAUGUGAAGGCUGUGUGGUCCCCAUGUGACUGGCUUGGGCUUUACUCAUGUGAGCCCUUCCAGUACUCUUUGGCUUCCUGUAGGGGGCACCCCUAACACAGCAGGGAAAGCAGAAGCUCAGGAAGACUUGGUGUUGCCUGGGGCCCACUGCAGCACCCAGCAGGGCCAGGGCUGGCCCCGGGUCUGCCCACCUGCAAAUCUCUCUUCCAUUCCCCAUGCAUGCUGCAUCACCCACACCCUCUGCCCAGCGUGGGGUCCAGGAGCUGGGAACCUCUUCUGAGCUUGCCACCUGUCUUCUUCUGCUAGGGAAAACCUGGACAGGUGGGAUGAGGCAGGGUCUCGCUUUGUGGGAGGGGCCAAUUCUCAGGUCUGCUCUUGAGACUGGGGUCAUCAGGGAGCAGGUCUAGACCUAGCUUCUCAGGGCCAUACCCUGCCAUGGUUCCCAGGUAUCCACACUCUUGGCUAUGGCUCUCUGAAUGCUGGGAAGAAUGUUCCAGAGGCCCCAGAAAAGACAUCCUCAUGGCUCAGACUGUCCAGUUCUUUAUUGCCUUUAGUCUGGCAAACCUCAGGACACAUCUUCCCUCUUGGGCUCCAUGGGAUCCAAACAGGGAGGACCAAAUACCCAGUUUAUGGAAAAUAUUGAUGCUUUGCUAGGUAAAAAUCUCACAAAAUGUUCAGCCUUGCUGGGUAUUGGCAAAAUGGGUGUGUGUCUGCCAUGGCAUCUUCCCUCCCCCACUUGAAAAGUGCUGCUAUUUCUGUUUCCUAACUGAAAGACACUACUCCUGACUUCCUCCUAUGGAAGAGGGGGAUUUUUCUUCUUUUGCCUCCCCUCCAUGCCCUCUCCCAGAAGUUGCAGCACAGUUUUGGUUUAGUCAGUGUUCAGUGUUGCUGGUGUGAUGACCUAGUAUAUGCCCCUGACCUAUGGACACACAAUAGACCAUGAUUAUAUUGUCUUUCCAGCCUUCUCACUUGCCUGGAGUUGGCACUUGCCUUGCGUUUUUCAUUUGCUUGGUUUUUCAUGUACUUACCACUAACUUAUCUCUAAACUCCCUUCAUUGUGGCCAAGUGCAACAGGUUAUCUAUUGGUCCUUUAUUAAACCUCUUUCCUGGGGCCUUCUACCUACAGCUCCAACCGGGCUAGGUUGCCCCUGCUUAACUGCAAGUUUCUGCAACUCCCUUUGCUCCCCUCCUGGGCUGGCUCUACUGCUUCCUGGUUCCCGUGGCUCCCUCAUUCAUGGGAGUCAUUUAAGGUUAGUGGUUAAGGCACAGGUUUUAGAACCUGACUGCCUGGGGCCAAGUCCUAGCUCUUCUGCUUUGUUUAGACUCACCAGCCUCUUGCCCCUGGCCCCACCCUCCCUGGAUGCUGGUUAAGACAGUACCAUCUCUGUAGGUGGACUGCAUUUGCAAGGUCCUGACAGAGAAGUUUUAAGCUGAGAACAGGAAAGAGGCAAGUCUUUGUAGUCAGGUGUGUGGAGAUGCAUUAUGGGAGAUGAGGCUUGAACAGUCAGGUGGGGCCUGGAAUCCCAGGCUGACGAGUUGAGGGAUGGGGUCUUAUCUGUAGACAGUGGGGAGCCACUGGACAUUCUUGAGCAGGGGGAUUACCUGGAAUUGAGAUCGAAAGAGGCCCUUAGCCCCUGUGGGUCCAUCAGAGUUCUUCAUUUAGAAAUAAUGGGACCUGCUCCGGAUAAUUUAAGCCAAAGAAGAAUGUGCUGGAAGCAUAUCAAGCCAUUAACAGAAGCCAGGGAGAGGCUAAGGAUCCAGACUUUGAAGAGGGUGGGAGGGUGGGGCCAGAGUAGGGCCCAGGGAGGCGGGAGUAACUCAGUGUGACUUCUGGGACAGUUUCACCAUGAGUGCACUGUGCUCAGUAGAUCCAGAAGUACUGUCCUGGGAGAGAGCAGUGGGUAACUUGGCUUGGGUCUUGUGUGUCCCCUCUGCCAGGCAGGGAAGGGGAGGUCCCUGACCCAUACCUCACCAAGGUAGUGGCCAAUGGUAAGUCUGAGUCCCCAGGUAAAGUCUGGUCCGAACUGUGGGCUGGAUGCUGGGCAGGCAGGACAGGGGAGUCCAGCCCAGCUCACAUCGCCACCCAGAGGUGAGUGGCUCACUCAAGGACACAGGGGGCUUGGGGCUGGGCAGCACCAAGGACUAGCCCAUGAGAUGGCUCAGAGCAUCCCCUGAGCUGUCGGAGGAAUUGAGAACAAUGCUUGAGGCAAACGGAUGUUUGGGAACUGUGUCAGGUGGAUACAAGGAGGAGGUGGGCCAGACAGGAAGACUGGCCAUGUGCUCGCACUGUAUGGAUGGUUUCCAACCCCAGUGUGGCACUGCUUGUGGGGUGGGGCCACUCGCAAGGUACGUGAUCUCUGUCUCUAUUCACACUAUUGGGAUUUUAUCAAAAUAAAAGCUUCUGCACAGCAAAGGAAAUAAUCAACAAAACAAAAAGACAGCCUACUGAAUGGGAGAAGAUAUUUGCAAAAGACAUUUCUGGAAGGCGUUAGUAUCCAAAAUAUAUAAAGAACUGAUACAACUCGACACCCCCAAAACAAAUAAUCAUUUUUUAACAAAUUAAAAAGUGGGCAGAAGACAUUGAACAGACAUUUCUCCAAAGAAGACAUCCAGACGGCCAACAGACACAUGAAAACAUGCUCAACAUCACUCAUCAUCAGGGAAAUGCAAAUCAAAGCCACAAUGAGACACGACAUCACACCUGUCAGAAUGGCUAAAAUCAACAAGUCAGGGAAUGACAGAUGUUGGUGAGGAUGCGGAGAAAGGGGAACCCUCCUACACUGUUGGUGGGAAUGCAAGCUGGUGCAGCCACUCUGGAAAACAGUAUGGAGGUUCCUCAAAGUUGAAAAUAGAUCUACCUUAUGACCCAGAAAUUCUACUACUGGGUAUUUACACAAAGAAAUAAAAACACUAAUUUGAAAAGACAUAUGCACCCUUAUGUUUAUAGCAACAUUAUCUACAAUAGCCAAGAUAUGGAAGCAGCCCAAGUGUCCAUCCACAGAUGAACGGAUAAAGAAGAUGUGGUAUAAAUAAUACAAUGGGAUAUUACUCAGCCAUCAGAAAGAGUGAAAUCUUGCCAUAAGCAAUGACAUGGAUAGAACUAGAGAGUAUUAAGUGAAAUAAGUCAGAGAAAGAAAGACCAUAUGAUUUCACUCAUCUCUGGAAUUUAAGAAAUAAAACAGAUGAACGAAGAAAAAAUGAGACAAACCAAGAAACAGACUCUUAACUAAAGAGAGCGAACAGAUGGUCACCAGAGAGGUGGUGGGUGGGGCGGUAGUUGAAAGAAGUGAUGGGGGUUAGGGAGCACGCUGGUGAUGAGCACGAGGUGAUGUACAGAACUGAGUCACCAUAUUGUCCACCGGAAACGAACAUAACACUGCUCAUUAAUUAUGUUGCAAUGAAAAAACAAGCUACCGAAAGCUGUUCGGGUGACUCUUAAAUGGCCAAGCGGAGGUGUUCCAAGAUGACCUGUCCCGUACUGCACAGAAGCAAUGGGCAGUUUCCACAGUUUGAACUCAGCGAUCCAGCCCUAGCGCAGCUCUGCCAGGUUCCCGGGGCCGGGGAAGCAGGCAUGGCCCCUGCCCUCUGGGAGCACCGCCCUCCGGGAGCACCGCCUCCCGGUGCAGACUGCAGCAAACCUGCCUUUGCAAAUAGUCCGGCCCCCAGCACAGUCAGGAGGAGGCCGGCGGGAGGAGGAAAUGUGCAGGCGGGGGGAGGUUGCGACAGGGCUCCCAUGGAUUUGGGGGCCAGGACGUGAGGCCUGAAAGGAGACCCAGCAGUAGCCAGGCAGAGAGAAGGUUGGAAUUUGAGGCUGGGAAUCCGGCUCUGCUCCCAGAUGCCCCGCAUCCAGCCUCCCGACCUCUCACCGGGGCCGUGCCCACCCGCAAGGCCCAGCUGCCCACUCUCGCCUUGCUGUGGUCCUCCCUGCUCCCCUUGAGCCCUGUCUCUUUGUGACACAUGAGACGGGUGUGUCCUUUUCAAACAGGUCUCUCAUGCACCAGCACUGCUUCUCAGCUCUCAAGGGACUUCUCAGCUCUCGAGGGAGAACUAAAGUCUCUGCAGUGCCCGCAAGCCCCGAGCGAUGUGUCCAAUGAGCAUCCGUGCUGUGGGUCCCUCUCCUCCCUGGACACCGAGUCAGGGAAGCUGACCCUCGGCCCAGAGGGCCUCCAGAAGCCAUCCAAGGGUUUGGUCAUCACAGACAUGGCUGGAAGCAGGUGGCUCAGCAGGGCUGCCCCCGGCGGGCUCUGGCCUGUGGGUAGACAUGGGGGCUUUGGCUGCCUGGGGACCCUCCCCAGGGCAGGGGCAGCAGUGGGAUAGUGGGAACCUAGGCGGCUGCCGAGACCGAGCAGCCCAGAGUGGAGGUAGCUGACUGGCGGGGUGGCAGGGUCGGAUGGCGGGUUGGCUGAGCCCGUGGGCUGGCAGCUGGGAUCCUGGCUCUGCCGUGAAGCCCAAGUGGAGACCCUUCACUCCUCGGAGCCUCUACUUCCUCACUUGUGAAAUGGGCUCCCAGUGCGAGUGUCAGCCCGGGGCCUGGGACAGUGUGGGGGGCCUCGGUGCAGGUGUGUCUCCUUCCCUUGGAUCCAGGAGGGACACAAAGAAAAUAGGAGUCUCCUCUUGGGAGGGGUCCUGCCCUGGGGCAGGGGUCCCAGGCCCUCUGGCGACCUGGACCCCUCAAGGAAUCUGGGACUCAUGAAGGCUGCAAGUCACAGAGUUGGGGGGUCAGGUGGAGGGAUGUUCUGGACAAAUGGCUUGGGGGGGAGCUGCUGGGGCGUGGCCUUUAUCUUCUGGAAAGCACACUGUUAAGUACUCAGGAAUGCAGGGAGAAGUUGGUAAAUGGUCCACAGCUCGGAAUCAGCCAAGAGAGGCGUAUUUGCACCAUGGAAGCUGGCAAGGGCUAUAGAUCAGGGGUCUUCAUUCUUGGCUUUCCUGGGAGCAGGUUUGCCAGCACACCACCCAGGGUGGAGAGUCAGGGGGCCUGCCCCCUGCCCCGGGACCUUGUCUUCCAGCCAGGCCUUGCGACACCCCCUUCCCCUGGCUUCUGCCCCCCAGACCACCUGUAGGACCACCUGCUCAUCUCAGACUCAGCUGUAUUCUGCAAGCGUGUUGAGCACGGCUGAUGUGCAGGCCCAGAUGGUGUCUAGAGAGGCUGUGUGAACCUGGAAAGAGCAGAGAGUCUGCUUCUCCUCUCCCCCAGCCACAUCUCCCACCGCUGGAGCCUAACUUGCCUGAGACAUGUCCCCAUCACAUGGAGCAGGAAUGAGGCUGAGAGCAAAACGGCAAGUGAUCAGCACAGUGAUAAUGUGCUCAUUGAAAGACUCCAUGUCCCAGCUUCCCUUGUAGCCCAGCGUGGUCAAAGAGAGGUAAUGGGAGUUGCUGAAUGAGCUACCACAAAAUGUUCAAAGGGGUUGGGUUAUUUGUAUAUAUCCUUUCUCCCUCCCUUCCUCUUCCUUCUCCUUUCUGCCUGAAAUUUGGAUGUGAUGGCUGGAGCUCCUGCAGCAGUUUUGGACCAAGAGGUGACCUUGAAGAUGUAAGUCACUUGUAAGAGGGCAGAACAAAAGGACAGAGCUAGGGUCCUGGAUGAUCAUGUGACUGCCCAUUGCCUCUGCCCUGGAUGUCCCUCCUCUGGACUUUCCUACAGGAGAGACAAAACUUCUACGUUAUUUCUCUGCUCGUUUGGGUUUUCUCUCCCAUUUAGCUGAGCCAAAUCCUGAUUGCUGUCUUGAUUUUCAUUAUCAACUAAAAACCUGAGACUCAAGUCCCCUAUCUAUAAAACUGGGCCGAUAAACGAUUGUUCAGUACACUGACUGGAAGGACAGCAUUGCUGGUGGCCAACGUCUGCUUAGCCCCUGGCUUACCGAUGCCCACUCCUCUGGGGAGGGGAUGCGAGUGUGCAGCCAGGGAAGCUGGCUCUCUUCCGACUGAAAAUGACUUUCUGUGUGGCUCUCUCGGGGAGAAUGUGAAUUAGUAAUGGGGACUUCAGGGGUCGGCUUAAGGCCUGGCAUGGGGGCAUGGUGGUGCCACGAUGUAGUCCUUGGCCCCCAGAGUUUAGAGGGGUGCCCCAAAUGUGAGCAGGUAACUCACAUUACGUAGUGGUGACAUAACAGGGCAUGGGACUGUUGGGGUCCCUGCAAGACAGGUCCCCAGACUGAGGAAGGGUUUGAGAUUUCCUAGAGGAAGACCUGAAGGAGGGUCAGAGCCAGUGUGAGCAGUGGACACGGGGUGGAGCGGGGAUAAUACUCCGGCCAGAGGGAACAGUCUGUACAAAGACCUGAGGUUAAGAGGAAGAAUGUCCAAAACAUUAGAGUAGGGGGUGGGUGACCUUGCAAGUAAGUGAGCUCCCCAUUCCUGGAGGUAUCCAAGUGAAGGCUGAUGUCCAAGGAGAUAGACAGGCCCUGCAUCUGUGCUGAGCAGGAGGAGGGGGAGCCACCCCAGUGAGCGUGACUGAGGAGGAUCCCUGCAGGGGGACGAGGGAGGUUGGGGGCGUGGGUGACCAAGCUGUGAGGCCCAUCAGAGUCAAGCCCCCACCAAACAGACCCCUGGCAGGUCCACACCCGAGGGGGUGCGAGAAGAGGAUCCCUGGGGUCCCCAGGAAACUCGCAGGGCGUGGUCUGCGUGUGGCCUACAGGCAAUAGGAUGUGUGUGGCCUGGGGGCGUCCUCACCCCCCGACCCGGUGGAGAGAUUCCCAAGUGUUCAACAAAAUCCUCCUAGGCAGAGCUGCAGCUGGUCGAGGGGCUCACCCCGGCCCUCCAGUGUCUCCCCACUGUGCCCACGUCACUGCCGUGGGCCGCGGAGGUCAGGGACCGGGGCGCCUCUGCGUCCAUGCCCCCAGGCCCAGCCGGGGCCAACCCAGAGCCAGUGCCCAGGACACGCAUGUGGAAUGAAUGUGACAGGGACCCAGAAGCUCGUCCUAACUCGCCUGUGGCCUUGGCGGCUGGCUCUUCUAGUGGAGGCUCGGCUUCCUCAGCUUUGUAAGCAGAUGCUACCCCUUUCCUUCCAGGGUAGACGUGAGGACUGAGUGAGAAAUGCACGGGAAGUUUAGAGCCCUCGGGGCCCCAGUUUCUCACCUGUGAAAGGAGUGACAGGAUCCAGCGUGGUCCAGGGCAUGCCGUGGCAUCCCAGGAUCGCAGAGCUGGGGCCUGGCCCAGAUCCCAGGCAGCAGGGCCAGGGCUGAGCCCCACAGCCCAGAGCCAGGCGCCACCCCAGCGGCCAUGCCCAGGGUGGCUGAGCCUCUCCACCAGCUGUUUCCCACAUUAGCCGCCCCUCCCAGGAGGGCCUCCAGCGCUGGAAGAGUGGCAAAGAGACGGCCCAGAAGUUUCCAGGCAUGCAUAUCCUGGCUGCAGGUGGCCAGCAGCGAGGGUAUGGGGCUGUGCUGGAGGCCAACGGCUUUGCAACCAUGCCCCCUGGUGACCUCUGGGCUGGCCGCCCUCGGGCUCUGGCAGGCUUGGCCGGACUGGCCCUGUGUGGCAGGUAGGGUAGCAGUCGAUGCUGUAGGGCUGGGCCGGGCCAGAGGUGGACGGGCUCAAAUGGUUCCAAGCCAGAAACCUUCUCCUUACCCCCGUGCCUUCCCCCACUGUCCGAAGACAAACUUGCACCCAUUGACCCUGAGAUGGGUUGCCAGCCCCGUGGGAAAUCUUUCUGUUCCUGUGUUUUACGAAGGAGGAGGCUCUGGGGUCUCCUUUUGACUCUUGCUGGAGGAAGGGUGGGGUGGGAGAGCAGCGGGCAUCCCGAGCAGGUGGCCCUGAGUUUCAAGUGCUUCAGUGGGAAAACCAGGUGAAGGGUGUGGUGUGGUCUGAAGGCUAUGGGGUCGCUGGACGAAUGGAGGCAGCCCAGGUAGGCGGGGGCCCCUGGCUGCCUGCAGGACCACUCUGAGACCCCCCUUGCUCCAUCUCGAGGGGUUCUUCACGCAGGGUGGGGCUCUCUCCCUCCCAGAGGUCUUGGCAGCAGGAGCCCAGGUUGCACAGGGCAAGACUCCAAAGGCCUCCAGGGCCGCCAGACCGAAGGAUCCAAAUAGCCCCUGCCGUGCCGGCCACAGCCCUUGGCUGCCAUCCCACAGCCUUCAGGACAGACCUGGCUGACACAGCCUGCCACUGAGCUUUUCUCACGCCUAUCCCUGUCCCAGUCCACAGCCUCGAGCUUCCUGCCAACCUGUCCGCACUAUCCAGUUAUCUCGUACUUGCCCCUUCUUGGCCUGACUCUUGUCGUCCUGACUCUGGGGAGACCCAGGUUGGGUCAGGAGCCACCUGGGGGGCCCCGGAGCCCUGGGCCUCCCUCUGCCACAGCCUCUGUCCCGCCGGGGUCACGUCCAGCUUCUGGCUUCUCCUGUCUCUGUCCUGCAUGCAUGGAUGCCGGGCCUCCGGUGCUUUGGAGAUUCUUUGUGCUUCACUAAGGAACAGACUGGAAGGUCUUGUUGAUGACGAUGAGUGUGGUGUCGGAGGCAAGCCCAUCCGGUCACCGCCUUAGCACCUGCCACCCCUCUGCAAGCCUGAGGAAUUUUCACCCAUCUUUUCCUCUCUCUGCUCCCUUCGUCCCGCUCCUGGACAGGUUGGCGGGAAGCUCAGGGUUCUACAAGACCAAGAUGUUCCAAAGCGGACUAACCAGUCAGUCAUGGGGGCGGAGCUUGAGGUGGGAAAAGCACAGCCCUGCUCAGAGUUUUGACAGAGGAUUUCAGCUGGAUCUUUCUUCCUGAGCGGUUUCCUGAUUUUCACAUGCUCAUGCUCCUACAGAAAAUGCGGAAGUUAUCGGAAAGGGCGAAGAAACAGAAGAAGCGCUCAUAAUCCCGCUGCCCGCAGCUGACCGCCAUGGUGGUCUGGCGCGUGGCACGCAGCCUUUUCCAGACAUCGCUUAGAGCCGAGAUCGCCACGUGAUUCCCGUGGUUUCCACUGAACAACACACCCUAGGCGGAAUCCCGCGGACGCCUGUGAGUGGCUGCAUCCCGCUCUGCUGUGGGGAUACAGUAAUGAUUGACCAGCUUCCUGCUGUCCGCUGACUCGUCCACUUCUCUCUCUUUCCCGCCUUCCUCUCCCUGCAUGUGUGUGAGCCAAUACUUUUGCUGACAUUUCUCAUUAUUCCUUUGGGGUGCUUGCCUGGAAAGCAGAUGACUGGAGGCAGCAUCCUGGUGGAUCUGAGUACACAUUUGCUGUGUACGCACCCCCGAGCCUCCGGUCUCAGAUCUCGCUGGCUGGGCUGCCCCCCUCUCCCUGGGUUUGAGAACCUGUGGUCUCAUCAAUAGAAUACCAGUUACUAUCCUUACCUUUGAAUCUCAUCCCUGAUGAAAAAUUUAAACCCUCUGCAGGGUGGCAUGCAGGGUCUGAUCCAUUUAUCUUCCAAUCUUAGGGGGAAAAAAUUAAAAUGUUAAAUAUUUUCAGCACGUUAAAAAAGUACCCCCAAAAUAAGGGUGUGGCCCCCACUAGGGCCCUCCUGCUCGUUCUCGCUGGGAUGCGCAUUUCCAUGGCAAAGCUCAGCACUGGUUCCGGGAAGGUCCCGCCCCUGCUCAGUAACACUGAAUGCUGCCACAUUGCCCCCAAAUUCUUCAUUGGCCGCUGGAUGCCCACUGGAAGCCCUUCCGAAUCCCGCCCCAGCCACGUGUGCUGGCUCCUUCUGCUGCUGUGACCAUGGAUGCCCACACCUACAUGCCUGGAAUACUUGCUCCGCACAGCCCCCUCGGGCUUCCUGGAUCCGUCAGCCUGGAGACCAAGGCCUCUUCCUCCGCACGCUCGCCGAGACUGCUGUUCCAGCCCCAAUCCAGUCCUGGGCUUGCAUGAGGCUGCUUCUGCUGCUGAGUCAGAGCCAAGUGCUCUGUACUGUCUCCUCGUAGGAGAAAUUGAGGCAGGAAUACUCAUCCCCGGGGGGCUGUGGUGGGAAAUAAAUACGGUUAAAUGAGAUAAGCUCAAUCAUGAAAUAUGCUUAAAAUUAAGUAAAAUUCAAUACACUCAGUUAAUACUUGUUCUUUUCUCUCCUUACACAUAUUUUUCCCCUCCCUGAGUGCACAUAACAAACUUCCAGUGCAAGUUUGUGGAAAUGAGUUGGUUCACAAGUGACAGUAUUUCAUUACAAUAGAUACAAUUCAUUUGUCUUAAAAAAUCAGAUCAUUGGGGAACCUACCUGGCUCAGUGGGUUGAGCAUCCACCUCUUGAUUUCGGCUAGGCCAUGAUCUCAGGGUUGUGGGAUCGAGCCCUGAGUCAGGCUCCCUGCUCAGCGGGGAGUCUGCUUGUCUCCCUCGCCCUCUCCCUCUGCCCCCACUCACUCUCUCUCUCUCAAAUAAAUAAGUAAAAUCUUAAAAAAAAUAAGAUCAUUAUUUCUUAUAGGAGGUCAGUGAGCUUAUGUUUCAGAUCUUAUGUUGUCCGAUCUCCCUGCUCAUCAAAGUGUGAGCAUCAAAGCUUGUUAGUCUCUGCAGUCUGUGUCCUGUUUGGCACAAUCCCCUAUGCAUGCCGGGCACCAGAACUGUUUGUGGGUGAACAGAUGGCCUGUCUUUACAUAACGCUGACCGGCAAAGCUUUCCUGCGCUCAUGUCUUGGAAUGAUGCUCUUGUCCCUGCAAGCGACCUGCCUGGAAUCUGUCUCCGUGGAGACGUUCAGAGGGUUCAGGAGCUGCUGUCACUGGCUGGAUCAAAGUCUCCCCAUGAAGCAUCUAAUGCUUCCACUGAUCCGCCGAUCCACAGAUGGCCACUCAGGAGCCUUGGCGGGACUGGGGGAGCCCCUGCGGCCAUGCUGUCCUGGCCACCUUCACUGUGCCCGCCGACCCCUGGAGUUGUAGAGCUGCCUACUCUUCUCUGGAAAGUCAGGAGGGACGGCUUUGACAUUAUGGUUCUGGUUUUAGACAAGGUCUGAUCUGAUGAGAAUUUCUCUUGGAUCUGAAAGCAUUUAGUGGGAGAGAGAGUGAGAGAGGAAGCUGCUGCGUUUAGAGGAUGGAGACUGGUCUUGGCCUCUCUGUAGGAGGCCAUGUGGAGGGCUGACAGGACAUUGGGUGGGAGCCAGAAGGACCGAGUUUGAUUCCCAGAGCCCCUGGUUUCUAGUUCUGUGACCUUGGAAGAGAUACUUGACUUAUCUGAGCUGCCCUGUCCCCAACUAUAAAAUGGAGUCAUGAUAAAGGCAGACAUCUCUGACUACUCACUGUGUGCCUGGCACUAUUUGAAGCUCUCUAUGUAUAUUUAUUAGUUUAAUCCUAAUUGCAACCAUGUAAGGCAGGUGCAAUUGAUAGUUAUUAGUAUCCCUGUUACACAUAGUAGAAAAGGAGACCCAAGAGGUGACUUGCCCAAGGCCAUGUGGCUGGGGUGAUGGAACCAGUGCAGGUUGUCCCCUCAUUCCCCCAGCCACCUGCAUUCUCUUCAGUCCUUUUAGCACUGGCACCAGGGAGACCCCCAUGAAGGCGAGCCACCUCCCCACUAGCCAUCCUCUGUCCCUGGGAGAGGGCUAGGCUUGCAGGACCUCUGGGUGAGAGCAGGUGAGUGGGGCCGGGGAAAGAUGGGGUGAGGGUCUGCCUUCUGGCUCCUUUUAUGUAGGGGCUGCCAAAAAGAGAAAGUGCCAAAAAAACUUCCUGGAAUCUGGCAGCUUCCAAUUGCCCUCCCUCCAUUCUUGUCCUGACAACUGUUCACUGAAGGGAUUGGAAGAUUCCUACAGGUUCAGGAGCCCAGGGGGCAGGAGAGGAGGAGAGAGAGACAGACCCCCUUUCCCAGGGACUCCAAGAGCCACCUGGAGAGGCAGAGCUCAGCUCCAAAGGGAGUUCCAUAUUACACCAAGCAGGGAACCACGCCUCUCAGCCUCUCCCUCUUUCCUUCUCUCUUCCUCUUUGCUUUUCUCUCCCUUACCCCUUCUUCUUCCUUUCCUCUUUACUUUUCCUUCUUCAUCUCCUUCCUUCCCUCAUUUCUCCUCUCAUUUCCACUUCUUGCUGCCCUUCUUGGUUCAACAAACAUAGAUCCACUCCCUGGCCCUGAGCUGGGGCUGGGAAGAGGACUGCCAUCCAGGCGCCCUGAUGCUUUCUUCCUCUAGCUCCCUCUGCCCAUCCAGCACAGCUCCCUGCCCCUCAGUCUCCUGGUUCCCUGCUUCCACUCGCCCCCAUACCGCUGGGUCACUCCAGUUUGGUGCCAGCGCAGGAGAGGGGGAGGUGCUCGGAAAGGGUCAACACAACCGGGGAGAAGCAGAUAGCUUUUUAGCAUCCCACGGCCUGUGAGUCACCGCCAGGAGGCUCUGGAGUAGGAGGUGUGACCAUUGUAAGGACCGUCCUGGUCUGGGGCAGAACGCAUGGAGCUCCUUCCAGCCGCUGCACGUGGAGGGAAGAAAAGACAAGGCGACUGCAGAGACCACCGUGACUCCAGCUCCCCUCACCCUCCCGCCUAGAUUCAGCCGCCGGCCAGGGCCGCAAACGCCUUGGCGCGGGGCGCGGGGCGCGGGGCCCGCGAGCGCGUUCAGCACCCUGGACAGCGCCGCAGGAGGUGACCCGUGCGGCCGCGUCGCGCUCCGCCCGCCCGCGACCGCUCCCAGUUCCGCAGCGCAGCGCGCUUGGCCCGCCACCGGGGACCCAGAGCUUGCCACCGCUUUCCGCGCGCCGCUCCGAGCCGUGGCGUCGGCUCUGGCUCUCCGGGACUCCCAGAGCGCGCCCGUCCGCCGCGCCACUUUCCCCGCCUGCGGCCCGAGCGGAACCAUGAGCGCGGGCCCCUGCCGCCGCUGUUCGGCGGGGCGUAGGGCCAGCCGCUAGCGCCAUGGGCCCGGGAGAGGCGCUGCUGGCCGUGUCGCUGCUGUCCAGCGCGCUGGUGCUGCUCUGCGGCGCCUAGACAGCCGAGCGGCGGCGCGCCCUGCGCGCUUUCCCGGUGAACCUGUCCCUGGGCUGCCCGCUGCCGGCGGCGCUAGGCAUGCCCUUCAUGUUGCUCGGCAAGCUGCGCGGGCGGCCGCCAUCUGGGCCCAGCGUGUACCAGGCCGCAGGCUUCCUGGACACCUUCCUGGAGUCCAACUCUGUACUUAGCAGGGCGGCGCUGAAUGCAGACCGGUGGCUGGCGGUGGGUUUCCCACUCCACCAUGUUUGCCCGGAUGGCCUAGGUGUGGGGACAGUCAUUGGUCUUCUGCGCUCUCCUGCUCAUGGCUCCCCUGUAGAGCCAUACGGGUCCUGCUUGCUUCCCCUGCCGGCGCCCCGCCGAGCUCCACGCUGCUGGCUUUGCACUGCUGUUCCCUGUGCUCGGCCUCCCCUGGCUCAAGAUGCUAUGGGUGGCCCAGAGCCACUGCCGGUAGUCGGCCACGAGUCCCCACCCAGCCCAGAGGGCUGCACCCACUCCUGCGCUCCCCACUGGCGGCUGGUUCCUGAGCCAGCCGCAGCAGAAGCACCAUGGCUGGUGGCUGCCAGGCAGAUCGGCAUCUUCAUCGGGUCCUUCGUCAUCUGCUUAGCCGCAUACAUUGUGACUAGGCUAGUGAAGUCUGUGUCCUUCGUCACUGUUAGCCCUCCCUGGGGCAUCCUGAGCAAGUACCUGAGCUACGGCUGGGCCGUGGCCGACCCCUGCGUGGCCUUCCCCCAGGUCCUGGCCGGCAUCCAAAUCGGCUCCUGAGAGUGGGGCUGCCCCCCAUGGCAGCGACUCUGCUCAGCACUGCAGGGAGCCGAGAGAGGCUGGGGCUUCCCUCGGGCUGGCAGUGGGGUGGGGCAUUCCCGGUUAUGGCCACUAAAUGGGCCCACGGGGCAGUGUCCGGGACCCGUGUGCACAUCUGUUACAGUCCACGGUUCAAAACUAGAAUGGUGCGCAGCGUGUUGUAAGCCCUCUGUAAGGGUGUGUUGUGUGAGGGGUGAAUGGACACAGUUCCCUCUCCAUUGCUGUUUGCUCGCCUCUUCGGGCUCCAACCGUCCCCUGCGGAACUGGGGCUGGGCUGCAGGAUGCGGGACCCAACACGUGGUAGGAUGGACUCUCGGGGAGGGCCUUGCCCGUGGGCGGCUGCAGAGCCCACAGUGCUGGUCCCCCAGCCGAGGUCCUGAGUCCCUUCCUUGUAGAUACACAAACACAGAGCUCCUUGGGGCCCAUCAGGGCAUCAGGGACAGUUUACAGCCUGCUGGAGCCAGCUGGACAGGUUCUUCCCAACCCCUGUGGUAUCAUUUGGUGGCUUUGGGCUGAUUCUCCAAUGUCUCCCCGCAAGCAGGAUAUAUUUAAGUGCUUAUAAAUUGUAAAGCACAAUUCAAAGAAAACAAAUUAUUUUUAGGAAUGAUAAUAACUAGAUCUGCGGUCGGGAAGAAGUUAAAAACAACAGAAAAACCACCCAGGCAGUUCGAGGAAAGCCACGUUCCAGCUUUGGGCUGGCCAUUGCAGGUGUGAGGGGGUUCACAGGCGGCACGUGGCCCUAGAGCCUGGGGUCCCAUGGGCACCCCAGUGCUUGCAAAGGAAGUUUCGUCUCUGUUGUCUUGCAUGAAACUCAGAGCCAGGCUGUGAACUCGCAGGCUGAACCCUCUCUCCUUCCUGGGAACUUCUCUUGGGGCGAGAAGAAGCCUUACAUCCAUGCGAGGAAAUAUGUGUAUCCUGUCCCCUGGAAAAUGCCACAGCUAGGAAGAGACAACACGCAUCGCAGGCGGUGACCGCUUCUCUCCUGUUCUGCCUUCCCUGAAGCCACCAGGGGAUUUUCUAGAAGACCACUCAAGGCACAGGUGCCUCCCGGGUGAAGGCCACUAGUUGUGUCCAUGCUGGGCAUUCUAGAACAUUCUCUCACUCGCUGUGUUAUCUUUCACCUUGGGUUUGUGGUCUUUUUUAUUUUGAAAGAUCCUUUUCAUGUGCACUUAAAUGUAUUGCAAAUGGUGUCAUGUCCCAAGUGCUGUGAGAAUCAAUAAACAUUUUAUUCAAAGGUCUCUUGUUUCUCUG